GACGUUCCCCGUCAGAAUCCAGGAAGUGAGUCGCUGGCUGUUGUUUGUGUUUGUUGGUCGCCAACCGUCUCUGUUUUCUGACUCAAAAUAUAGCUUUUACGGGCCGAAAUGGCAACGUUUAUUUCAGUCCCGUUAAAAAAGUCAUCCGAGGUGGAUCUGGUGAAACCUCUGUCGAAAUUUGUGUCAGCCACAUACUCUGCGGGCGAGGAGCAAGGGGAGUAUAUCCGCGCCGUGGAGGAGCUGAACAAGCUCCGCAGGAACGCGCUGGGGAGGCCGCUGGACAAACACGACAGCUCCCUGGAGAUCCUUCUUAGGUACUACGACCAGCUGUGUGCUGUGGAGCCCAAGUUUCCCUUCUCUGAAAACCAGCUCUGCUUAACCUUCACAUGGAAAGAUGCCUUUGAUAAAGGAUCUCUGUUUGGUGGCUCAGUCAAGCUCGCUUUGGCCAGUUUGGGCUAUGAGAAGACAUGUGUGUUGUUCAACGCAGCAGCGCUGGCCAGUCAGAUCGCCUCAGAGCAGAACCUGGACAAUGACGAAGGACUGAAGUCUGCAGCCAAAUACUAUCAGCUGGCGAGCGGGGCGUUCGGCCACAUCAAGGACACAGUGCUGUCAGCGCUGAACAGGGAGCCCACCAUGGACAUCUCCCCCGAGACUGUGGGCACCCUGAGCCUCAUCAUGCUGGCCCAGGCUCAGGAGGUGUUCUUUCUCAAAGCCACCUCAGAUAAAAUGAAAGAUGCAGUGAUCGCAAAGCUGGCCAAUCAGGCUGCAGAUUUCUACGGCGACGCCUUCAAGCAGUGCCAGUACAAAGACAACCUUCCCAAGUAUUUUUAUUUUCAGGAAGUGCUGCCGGUUCUGGCGGCCAAGCACUGCAUCAUGCAAGCCAACGCCGAGCUGCACCAGAGCAUCCUGGCAAAGCAGAAGAAACGCUUUGGAGAGGAGAUUGCUCGUCUGCAGCACGCAGCAGAGCUGGUGAAGACAGUGGCGUCCCGCUACGACGAAUACGUGAGCGUUAAGGACCUGAGUGACAAGAUCAACCGAGCCCUAGCCGCUGCCAAAAAAGACAACGACUUUAUAUAUCACGACCGGGUGCCUGAGAUCAAGGAUCUGGAACAAAUCGGCAAGGCAGCGUUGGUCAAAGCUACGGCCAUCACGCCUCCUCUCAGUCAGAAAUUCACAGACUUGUUCGAGAAGAUGGUCCCCAUGGCCGUGCAGCAGUCCAUGAGCAUUUACAACCAGAGGAAGGCUGAGACUGUGAACAGACUGGUGGGAACGAUGAGGGAGGCGACUAAUCUCUGCAAUGGGGUGUUGGCAUCCCUGAACCUGCCAGCGGCUCUGGAGGAUCUUUCAGGUGACUCUAUCCCACAAUCCAUUGCUGAGAAGGCGCGAUCCAUUGUGCAGCAGGGAGGCCUUCAGAGCAUUGAGCAGUUAAUCAAAGACCUGCCUGAGCUUCUGACCCGCAACAGAGAGAUCCUGGACGAGUCUCUGAAGAUGCUGGACGAUGAGGAGACAACAGACAACGAACUGAGAACCAAGUUCAACCAGCGCUGGAAUAGAACCCCCUCUGGAGACCUGUACAAGCCCCUUCGUGCAGAGGGAGCUAACUUCCGUAGCGUCUUGGACAAGGCCGUACAGGCCGACCAGGUGGUGAAGGACCGCUACAACACCCACUGUGACAUGAUCACCCUGCUGUGUAAACCAGAGAAUGAGCUCAACGCUGCCAUUCCCUCUGCCAACCCGACCAAGACCCUACAGGGCAGCGAGGUCGUGAACGUCCUGCGGUCUCAGCUCGCCCAGCUGGAUGAGAUAAAGAAGGAGAGGGAGACCAUGGAGGGGGAGAUCAAGGCUGUGACUUUUGACAUGUCCACCAGCUUCCUGACGGCGCUCGCUCAGGACGGAGCCAUCAAUGAAGAGCAGCUGUCUCUCCCCCAGCUCGACCAGCUGUAUGGCACCUACAACCAGAGAGUGCAGGCCAGCCUCCGCUCACAGGAGGAGCUGCUGGGACAAGUUCAGACGUCCCACCAGGAGUUCAGCAGCCUGAAGCAGUCCAACACAGAGGCCAACCAGAGGGAGGAGGUCCUGAAGAAGCUGGCCUCAGCCCAUGACAGCUACGUUGAGAUCAGCAGCAAUCUGCGCGAAGGCACCAAGUUUUACAACGACCUGACAGAAAUCCUGCUGAAGUUCCAGAACAAAUGCAGCGACAUCGUUUUUGCGCGCAAGACAGAACGGGAUGAACUACUUAAGGAGCUGCAGCAGAGCAUUGCAAGAGAGCCCAGCGCUCCAUCCUUUAACGUUCCCGCCUAUCAGAGCAACCCAGCUGCCCCCGCCACCGGCCCGACCCCUGCACCCAGGACCGUCUUUCAACCUCAAGCCCCGAUGCAACCCCAGGCCAAGCCCAACCCGCCAGCCAGACCUCCUCCACCCAGCGUCACUCCUCAGGCAGGCUCGAGCUACACUCCCAACAACGCACCGCCCACCGUUCCUGUUUCAGGCAACCCACCACCUGUUGCCCCACCAACCCAGGCACAGGGACCACCUUACCCCAACUACCAGGGCUACCCAGGGUGCUACCAGAUGCCGAUGGGCUACAAUCCCUAUGCUGCCUAUGGCCAGUACAUGCCCAACAUGCCUAACAUGCCUAACAUGCCCAACAUGCCCUACAUGCCCUACCAGGCCAAUCCAGGACAGGGCGGGUACCCAGGAGCCCCUCCUGCAGGAAGCUACCCUGGUUACCCCCAGCAGCCCCCACAGCAGCAGCCCUACUACCCUCAGCAAUAACUAUUCUCUCCAUCCCCUCAUACCUAUUCUCUCCAGUUAACACCAAAUAAAAAAUACCCCCAGCAAUAACACUUGAUUUCCUCUUGCUCCCUCCUUUCUUAUCUUUUGGUUUUAGUCUCAAUCACAGCAGCUUGAGAAACCCCGAGUGCAGGGCGUUGUCAGAGCUGCUUUGCACUUCUCUCUGAUACAUUAUAUUCCUUUUCCACCUUUUAUUUCUCCUUUUCUUCUUUUUCUACCCUGGAUCAUGUUUUCUGUGCUCUGGCGGCACUUUCCCCUAACUAUCUCAACUCUCAUCGAUGCACUAACCCCCCUUUUAAUUUCCCUGUAGUAAUUUUCAGAGUUUUUUUUUAAUGGUUUAAUUUUAAAAACCUAGCUGGUUUCAAUUGAUAACUGACUCUUUGUCUGUGCUGCACUGCUGUACAACACUCAUGGAAGCGCACAGAAUCCUAGGAUGUUUACUGGUUCAUGUGUCAGGUUGGCGGAUAGGUGGUCGUUUCUAGUCAAGUGCAGAGCCUCAUCCUCACUACCCACACCCACUCUGCUUCUAUAUCAACUAUAUUCCUAUUUUUGUAAUGAAUACUGCUGCCUCGCUGAUGUAUAAACCUCUAAAACGAAUGGCCUGUAGGUUUUCUAAUGUAGAUGAAGACUGUUGAGAGUUCAUCUCUCUUUCUAUCGCUCUUUUUCUCUCAUCCAGGGAAUGUUGGUAUAUUUCUGUGAUACAAUCAGAGGCUGUAAAAGUGGGAGAAAUGGUUCUAUUAUAUAAAUAUAUGUAUAAAUAAGACUGUAUGUGGUUAACUGAGACACUCUGUGUGCUGCACUCUCAUGCUCUUUGUCUUUAUUUUUAUUCCUCAGCUCUAAUGUGAUUAAAAAAUAACUACUGCCAAGCAGAAUCGGUCU